AUGCUUGAAAGGUUCAUUGAGCAGAAAAAAGCUAUUACAUUGUAUUGCAUUACCAGAAAUCAAGCAAAUGCAAAAAAUCCUACGGAAAAUCAAUGGCAACUUGCUGAAAUGCUUGUAUGCAUAUUAAAACACUUCGAAAGUACUACAAAAGACAUGAGUAAAGAAACGGCAUGUAUAUCAGAGAUUAUACCAUUUAUCUAUGCAAUGGAAAAGUUUCUAGACUACGCUUGUGACACGGCAACUGAAAUAAAAACUGUUGUUGAUGAACUUAAGAAAGAUUUUAACUGUCGUUUUCAAAAAUACAAGGAUACUCAUGAAUCUCUCAAUGAAAAACUCAAGAAUCAUAAUAUAAUAGAAAUACUCCAUUUAGAGUUCUACCCAAGAGGUAGUGGAUCAGACUCAGAAGAAUCAUUAAGUUCAUUUUCAGAAUCUAAAAUUCAUCAGUCCGACUCAGAUUUUGAUGGCCAUGGCUCUCCAUUAAAAAAAAAAAAACUAAUGAGCAUGGACAUAUAUAGCUUGUUCCACCAAAUCGGUGCAAAUGAGUAUGCUCUACAAAAUUCAGAAAAUUCUGACGGACGAAGAAAAAAGAAAAAAAACACUAGUUCAAUGGGAAAAACUCUAACUGUCAAAGAAAAAUGCACCGAUGAAGUCAACUUCUACUUGAGCCUUCCAAUACUGCCAAAGAAUGAAUGCCCUUAUAAGUGGUGGAGUGCAUACCGUUACACUUUCUCUGAUAAAGAUACUUACAAGUUGAAUUUGUCAAAGUUUUCAAAGAAAGUUUUGUGCGCGCCUCCUUCAUCUGUAAAAAGUGAACGCUUAUUUAGCACAUCUGGAAACAUAUUUGAAGCAAAAAGAAACAGACUAUUACCCGAACAUGGAGAACAGAUUGCAUUUUUAAAUUUUUCAGGGGUUACUUUGAGAAAUAUAUUAAAGGGAGGGCCUGGACAGGGAAUGAAGAUUUUUUGUAAUCAACAGUUAAAACCAUACGGUUUGUUCUCAAACUUUAAAAAAAAUUAA